AAAUCAAUUUUUAACACAAGUCACAACAACCCUCACUCCCUCCUUCCCGCCACUGCACCGCCGCUCUCUUCCUCCUCACCUCACUCCCUAACUAACUACUUCUAGGGUUAGGGUUUAUCUAACCUUUUCUUUUCCCAUCCCUUACUAUCUCACAACAGAGCGUAAUAGACAUGAGAGAAAUUCAGUUACAACUCAAUCAAACUCAGAAGCUCCGUCUCCAGAAAGUUCUAGAAACUCUAGAAUCUCAAUCUUCAAUUCCAAAUUCCGAUUCUUCAGUCACCAUAUCCGAUUCCAUCUCCGUCAACCACGAAGACGGCGUACUCAAGGGACACGGAACCACCGAUCAUAACGGUGAAGUCGUUGCCACUCUGUGUGGUAUUGUUGAGCGUGUUAACAAACUCGUUUAUGUUCGCACUUUACGCUCAAGGUAUAAACCUGAGGAUGGUGAUAUUGUUAUAGGGCGUGUAGUUGAGGUUGCUCAAAAAUGUUGGAGAUUGGAUAUUAAUUGCAGCCAAAAUGCUUAUCUGAUGCUUUCUGCUAUGAAUAUGCCGGACGGUGUACAGAGGCGAAGGACAGCCGUGGAUGAGUUAAACAUGCGCCGUAUCUUUGAGGAGGGAGAUGUCAUUUGUGCUGAAGUUCGACGUUCUCAGCAUGAUGACAUACACCUUCAAGCAAGAAGUCAAAAAUAUGGAAAGCUUAAUGCUGGUCAACUGCUUACAGUCGCACCGUAUUUAGUGAAGAGACAGAAACAGCAUUUCCAUCAUCUGGAGAAGUUUGAUGUUGAUUUAAUACUUGGUUGUAAUGGAUUCGUAUGGGUCGGGGAACACGUUGAAGCCAGAGAUGUCAUGGUAGAAGAUCCAGUGAACCUAUCUGAUCCACAAGUGUUAAUUCCAAAUGAAAAUUCUGUCAGUCUUGAAGAACAAGAUAAAAACUAUACGGCACUGGAGACAAGAAAUUACAUAUGCAGAGCUGCUAAUGCUGUUAGAGUAUUAUCCACUUUAGGAUUCACUAUAACAUUGGAAAGCAUCAAGGAAGUUAUUGAUCUAAGCAUUUCUGCAAAUCUUGAUAUACACGACAUGUUUGGUUCUGAGUUUUGUGUUCUGGUUGCCGAAAAAGAGGCAGAAAGGAGAAGCUCAAGUAAAAGGAAGCGGUAGAUUGUGAAACUGAACUAAUAUUUUAAAAAUCAAAUUGAACUAAACCGGAAAUCCUCCGAUUCUUUAGUUGGUUUGAUUUCAAUUACAUUGUAAUUUGGUUGAAUCGGAUAAAAUCCAUUCAAUCAUUGUCUAACUACAGUUGGUUUAACCCAUUUUGAUUUUUUACAUUUACAUAUAUAUUAUAAUUUUUAAAUUUAUUUAUUUGUUA